AUGGAGAACUUAAAGCAAGAGAACCGAGAAAUUAAAGAUGAGAUUGCUCGCCUGACCGCUAUGAUGGAGUCUAUCCUAGCUGCUCAUAAUCAACCUUCUCCACCUCCUGCAACUCCUCCUCCUCAGAGGAUUGUCAUCUCAAAGGUUGCUACCUCAACUGUGCCUGCUACUCAACCGGACUCUUUUGAUUAUGCUACUAAGUUGAAAUUCAUGAGACUUAAUGUCUUGAGUUACAAUAUUAUUUUUGAAGAAAAAAAAAUGGCUGGGAGAAACGAUCGUGCUAUUGCUGAAGCAUUGGAAUCCCUUGCUCAGGUGAUGGCUCAAACUGCACAAAACAAUCAGAAUGGGGGAGCAGGAGGAGCUCCUGAUGAGUUUCGUGCUUUGGGGAGAUUUCAGAGGAACAAUCCACCAACUUUCAAGGGUAGCCAUGACCCAGAGGGUGCACAUGAAUGGCUCAAAGUAAUUGAGAAGAUCUUCCGAGUGAUGGCUUGCACAGAGGCUCAGAAGGUACAAUUUGGUACUCACAUGUUGUCAGGAGAAGCUGAGGAUUGGUGGGAUAACACACGUCAGAUAUUGGAAGCUAUUGGUACAGAGAUAACUUGGGUUGUGUUUAGAAAAGAAUUCUUGGAGAAGUAUUUCCCCGAGGACAUGACUGUGGCAGAGUAUGCUGCGAAGUUUGAGGCGCUAGUGAAGUUUUGCCCCCAUUACAACCGUGUUGAUGCUGAGACUUCUAAAUGUCUCAAGUUUGAGAAUGGGCUAAGACCAGAGAUCAAACAAGGUAUUGGAUACCAACAGAUUCGUAAGUAUGCUGAACUGGUGAAUAAGAGUAGAAUCUAUGAUGAGGAUAGUAGAGCCCGGUCUGCUCACUAUAAGAGUAUUAGUGAAAAGAAAGGGAAUGGACAAUUUAGAGGGAAACCUUAUGUUACUCCGGCCGACAAAGGGAAGCAGAAGACUUCAGAUGGGAAGAAUACAAGUGGGGGAGGGGUUCCCGCUUCUGUCAAGUGCUUCAAGUAUGGCGGGUUGGGCCACCGUGCUAAUGAAUGUAAUAAUAAGGUUCUGAGAUGUUACAAUUGUGGAAAAACGGGUCACCGUGUUGCAGAGUGCAAAAAUGAUGGUCCGACUUGUUAUAAUCGUGGUGAACAGGGUCAUAUCAAGGGUCCCAAGGCAGAUAACUUGAUCAAAGGUACUUGUUUCAUUAACAAUGUUGAGUUAAUUGCCAUUAUUGAUACUGGUGCUACUCAUUCGUUUAUUUCUCUUGAGUGUGCUAUGGGGUUGGGUUUAAAAUUAUCUUCUAUGGUUGGGAGUAUGGUUAUCGAUACCCCGGCUAAUGGUUCGGUGACUACUGCGUUAGUCUGUUUGAGUUGUCCUUUCACCAUUUACGGUAAGAAUUUUGCGAUGGACUUAGUUUGUCUACCUUUGCAUCAAAUCAAUAUUAUUCUUGGAAUGAAUUGGCUAGAGUUCAACUAUGUUCAUAUCAACUGUUACAACAAAACCGUGAGGUUCCUAGAGUUUGGUGAUUGUGGAGAGCUGAUGUUUUUAUCCGCUAAGCAAGUAGAAGAACUCUUAGAAGAUGAGGCUCAGAUGUUUGCAAUGUUUUCAUCAUUGCAAGUCGACAAUGAGGUUGCAAGUGUUGAUCUGCCUAUUGUGUGCAAUUUCCCAGAUGUAUUUCCAGAUGAUAUUGGUGACUUACCACCAGAGCGUGAUAUUGAAUUUUCCAUUGAUGUAGUACCUGGUACUAAUCCUGUGUCGAUGGCCCCGUAUAGGAUGUCGGCUUCAGAAUUGGGUGAAUUGAAGAAACAGUUAGAAGAGUUACUUGAGAAAAAAUUUGUUCGACCAAGUGUUUCUCCAUGGGGUGCGCCAGUGUUGUUAGUUAAGAAAAAGGACGGCAGUAUGAGGUUGUGUGUUGACUACAGACAAUUGAAUAAAGUUACUAUCAAAAAUAGGUAUCCACUUCCAAGAAUUGACGAUCUGAUGGAUCAAUUGGUCGGUGCUUGUAUGUUCAGCAAGAUAGAUUUGAGGUCAGGUUAUCAUCAAAUUCGUGUGAAACCAGACGACAUUCCGAAGACUGCAUUCAGGACAAGGUAUGGUCAUUAUGAGUAUACAGUAAUGCCGUUUGGAGUGUCUAAUGCGCCCGGUGUGUUCAUGGAGUAUAUGAAUAGGAUUUUCCAUCCUUAUCUGGAUCAAUUUGUGGUCGUAUUCAUCGAUGAUAUCUUGAUAUAUUCUAAGUCAGAGGAAGAACAUGCGGAUCAUCUAAACAUGGUAUUGCAGGUGUUGAGAGACAAGAAGCUUUAUGCCAAGUUGUCCAAAUGUGAAUUCUGGUUAAAAGAAGUGAGUUUCCUUGGCCAUGUGAUUUCUAGUGGAGGGAUUGCUGUUGAUCCGUCGAAAAUUGAUGCUGUGUUGCAGUGGGAGACUCCAAAGUCCGCUACUGAGAUUCGAAGUUUCCUUGGCUUGGCUGGUUAUUACCGUAGGUUUAUAGAAGGAUUUUCGAAGAUAGCAAUGCCUUUGACUCAAUUGACUCGAAAAGGUCAAUCUUAUGUGUGGGAUGUUGCAUGUGAAAAGAGUUUUGUAGAACUCAAGAAGAGAUUGACGAGUGCUCCGGUAUUGAUCUUGCCUAAUCCGGAUGAGUCUUUUGUAGUAUAUUGUGAUGCGUCAAAGAUGGGUCUUGGAGGGGUACUGAUGCAAAAUGGCCAGGUCGUUGCUUAUGCUUCCAGACAACUGAAGGUUCAUGAAAGAAAUUAUCCUACGCAUGACUUAGAGUUGGCAGCUGUGGUUUUUGUUUUGAAGAUUUGGAGGCAUUAUCUUUUUGGAUCUAGGUUCGAAGUGUUCAGUGAUCACAAGAGCCUGAAGUAUCUCUUUGAUCAGAAAGAGUUGAAUAUGAGGCAGAGGAGAUGGCUUGAACUUCUGAAGGAUUAUGAUUUUGAAUUGAGUUACCAUCCGGGUAAGGCUAAUGUUGUAGCUGAUGCGUUGAGUAGGAAGUCCUUACAUAUGUCAAUGCUUAUGGUUCGAGAGUUAGAACUGAUUGAACAAUUCAGAGAUAUGAGUCUAGUGUGUGAAGAGACUCCUAACAGUGUGAAAUUGGGUAUGCUGAAGCUGACUAGUGGUAUUCUCGAAGAAAUAAGAGAAAGCCAGAAAUCUGAUUUGAGUUUGGUAGAUUGUCUCACGUUAAUCAACCAAGGUAACGGUGGUGACUUUCGGGUUGAUGAGAAUGGUGUGAUGAGGUUUAGAGAUAGGGUGUGUGUUCCAGAUGUGCCAAAUAUUAAGAAGAGCAUUCUUGAGGAGGGUCACAGAAGUGGGUUAAGUAUUCAUCCCGGUGCCACAAAAAUAUUGACAAAAUCAGCUCAUUUUAUACCAAUGAAGAUUAAUUAUUCUUUGCAGAAGCUGGCCGAGUUGUAUAUUGAUGAGAUCGUGAAACUGCAUGGUAUUCCUUCAAGUAUUGUGUCUGAUAGAGAUCCAAGAUUCACAUCGAGGUUCUGGGAGAGUUUGCAGACAGCUUUGGGUACUAAGUUGAGGUUGAGUUCUGCUUAUCAUCCACAGACAGACGGUCAAACAGAGAGAACUAUCCAAUCGUUGGAAGAUUUGCUGAGGGCUUGUGUGCUAGAACAAGGAGAAGAUGGGAAGGAGGUUCCCCUACCCCCCACUUCUGUUGUGAACAUUGCUGAUGUCAGCGGUUUGACCCGUAGUGGUCGUGUUUUCUCGGCGUCACUGAAACCCCAAGCUGACACUAGAAAAGCUGAUGCUGCUGAUAGUGCUAUAAGUCCGGUUGGAAAUUCUUCCAAUUCUCCGAAUCCGGCACUUGCUGUUAAUAGACCUGCCGUCGUUGUUAGAACUCCUGUCCCUGUUGGCCAAGAUGGCAUGAUGAAAGAGGACUGCAAUGAGAUGUUUAGGCUCAUCAAAAGGAGUUAA